AUGGCACCUAAGAAACUACCAUCUAAUACUAAUGCUGCUGGUGGUGGUGAUUCAUCAAUGUUUGGUCUAAAAAUGGAUCAAUUAAAAGCAUUGAUGGAAGUACGUGGAAAGGAAUUACUUGAAAAAAUAAAUUCACCGGAUUAUAAUGGUGUCAAAGGAAUAUUAGAAAAAUUAAAAGUUGAUGGAGCUAAAGGACUUGAUUCGAAGAAUGAAGAAGAUCUUGAACAACGACGUGUAGCUUAUGGCAAAAAUGAAAUUCCACCUAAACCAAUGAAAUCAUUCUUAAAAUUAUGUUGGGAUGCACUUCAUGAUAUGCUUUUAGUGAUAUUAUUAGUGUGUGCAGUUGUUUCAAUUGCCCUUUCAUUCUAUAGUCCACCGAAACAUGGACAUGAAGAAAAAGAAGAAGAACCAAAUCUUGAAUGGAUUGAAGGUGUUGCAAUUCUUGUUGCUGUUCUUGUCGUUGUAUUUGUUACUGCAUUUAAUGAUUGGAGAAAAGAACGACAAUUUCGUGGUUUACAAAGUAAAAUUGAAAAAGAUCAACAAACAUCUGUUAUACGAGAUGGUCAAAUACAACAAGUUCUUGUCGCAGAACUCGUUGUUGGUGAUCUUUGUUUUAUUAAAUACGGUGAUCUCUUACCCGCUGAUGGUAUUCUUGUUCAAUCAAGUGAUCUUAAAAUCGAUGAAUCUUCAUUAACAGGAGAAACUGAUUUAAUAAAGAAAAAUGAAAAUGAUGAUGUGGGAUUAUUAUCAGGCACACAUGUUAUGGAAGGUAGUGGUCGAAUGGUAAUUGUUGGUGUGGGAUUAAAUUCCCAAGUUGGAAGUAUCAUGAGUUUACUUGGUGCAACAGACGGUGGUAAGGAUGCAAAAGAUAAGAAAAAGGAUAAAGCAGAUAAAGCAAGAACACCAUCAACAACGAAACCUAUACCUGAUUCAACAAGACAGAGUAUACGUACUGAAGAUGAAACAAAACUACGAACAACAUCAACCGCUGAAGGAAAUCUACAAGCAUCAUCACGUAAACCAUCAAAUGAUAAUAAAACAACAGACUCUGCUCAAGAUAAAAAAGAAGAAGGUCUAAAACCUGUACAAGCUGAGACCAAUGAAGACGAGGAAGACAUUGCUGGAGUUGGUGAAGGCAAACAUCAAUCGGUUCUUCAAACAAAACUGAGUAGUUUAGCUUUAUGGAUUGGUUAUAUUGGUAUGUCUGCUGCUAUUUUAACAUUAAUUUGUUUAGUCGUCCGUUACUGUAUUACAACUUAUGUUGUUAAUAAACAACGAGCAUCGAGCAAUGAUAUUAGUUAUUUUAUAUCAUUUCUUAUUCAAGCUAUUACUGUUGUUGUUGUUUCAGUACCAGAAGGUCUUCCAUUGGCUGUAACACUUGCUCUUGCUUAUGCUGUUCGAAAAAUGAUGACAGAUAAUAAUCUUGUUAGACAUUUGGAUGCUUGUGAAACAAUGGGAAAUGCAUCAACAAUAUGUUCGGAUAAAACAGGAACAUUAACAACAAAUCGUAUGACUGUUGUACAAACUUUUGUUACGGGAAAACAUAGUGAAAAAAUACCAAAAAAAGAAGAAGUCAAUCAAGAAUUAUUACCAUUACUCUUUGAAGCUGUAUCUGUUAAUUCAAAUUAUACAUCAAAAAUAGAGGAAGCAAAAAAAGAAGAGGGUGGUUUACCCAAACAAGUUGGUAAUAAAACAGAAUGUGCUUUAUUAGAUUUAGUACAGAAUUGGGGUGGAUCAUAUGAUAAAAUUCGUCAAGAUAUUCCUGAAGCAAAAUUAGUUAAAGUCUAUACAUUUAAUUCUGCACGUAAAAUGAUGAGUACAAUUAUUCAACGUGAUGAUGGUUAUCGUAUUUAUACAAAAGGUGCAUCAGAAAUGGUUUUAACAAAAUGUACAUCAAUUCUUGGAGAGAAUCAUCAAGUCAAACAAUUGACUGAAGAAGAUAAAACUCGUAUAACAAAAGAUCUUAUUGAAAAAAUGGCAAGUAAUGCUUUACGAACAAUUUGUAUUGCUUAUAAAGAUCUUGGAAAAGAAACACAAAAUUGGGAUGAUGAAGAAAAAAUGAUUAAUAAUUUAACAUGUAUUGCAAUUGUUGGAAUUGAAGAUCCUGUUCGACCAGAAGUUCCAGACGCUAUUUUAAAAUGUCAAAAAGCAGGUGUCGUUGUUCGAAUGGUUACAGGAGAUAAUAUUAUGACUGCACGUUCGAUAGCAACAAAAUGUGGUAUACUUAAACCAAAUGAAGAUUUUCUUGUAUUGGAAGGAAAAGAAUUUAAUAAACGUAUUCGAGAUGCAAAUGGAAGAAUUUCACAAAAGAAACUUGAUGAAGUAUGGCCAAAACUACGUGUGUUAGCACGUUCAUCACCUCAGGAUAAAUACAAUUUAGUUAAUGGUAUUGUUGAAAGUCAUGCAACAGAACAUCGUGAAGUCGUUGCUGUUACGGGUGAUGGUACAAAUGAUGGACCAGCACUUAAACGUGCUGAUGUUGGAUUUGCUAUGGGUAUUCAAGGAACAGAUGUUGCUAAACAAGCAUCAGAUAUUAUUUUAACUGAUGAUAAUUUUUCGUCAAUUGUUAAAGCAAUGAUGUGGGGAAGAAAUGUUUAUGAUUGUAUUGCAAAAUUUCUUCAAUUUCAAUUAACAGCUAAUUUAUCAGCAGGUGUAAUAUCAGUUGUAUCAGCUGCAGCUAUUAGUACUGUUCCAUUACGAGCUGUUCAAAUGCUCUGGGUUAAUCUUGUUAUGGAUACAUUAGCUUCACUUGCUCUUGCAACAGAACCACCAACAGAAGAAUUAUUAAAUCGUAAACCAUAUGGACGAACAAAAUCAAUUAUAUCACCAAUGAUGAUGAGAAAUAUUAUUGGACAAUCAAUUUAUCAACUUAUUGUUAUGUUUGUUAUACUUUAUGCUGGACAAUACUUUUUAGGUGUUGAAUCAACAGUUCAAAAAAUUCAGCAUGAUCCACAUGCUGGAAGAGAGCUAAGUGAACAAUUUACAUUAGUAUUCAAUGCAUUUGUUUUAAUGACUUUAUUUAAUGAAAUUAAUUCAAGAAAAUUACAUGGAGAAAGAAAUGUAUUUAAAGGAGUUUUUCGUAAUCCAUUUUUUUAUUGUAUUUGGAUCUUUUGUUUCAUUGCACAAAUUUUAAUUGUUACAUUUGGUGGUCGAGUUUUUAGUUGUGCACGAUUAAAUCCUCAACAAUGGGCAUAUAGUUUAUAUUUUGGUAUUGGAUCACUUUUUUGGCAACAGAUUUUAUUAUGUAUUCCAAUCGAACCGUUUGCUAAAUGUUUUUCGGCAAUCUAUCGUGUAUGUUGUCCAUGUUGUGCUACGAGACAAGCUAAGAAACUUGAAGAAGAAAUUGCUCGUCGAAAAUCAGCUGCAUCAGAUCUACGACGACCAUCAAGAAGAAGCACGGGUGAUGGAUUACAAUAUAGUACAAUUGCUCAAUUAACAAGUGCAACUGUUGUAACUGAACCACCACCAGUUUUUGCUAAAUUUAUGCUUCGUAAAAGUGUUGAUCGACUUAAUUCCGAGUUUCGUGUUAUCAAUGAAUUUCGAUCACGACUUGAAGAACUUAAAGACAAAAAUACUGAAGCAGCUGAAUAUAAACGAACAAGUCGUGGCAAUAUUCUUGAAGAAUAA